AUGCGACUGACAAGAGGGCCGUGUGAGUGUGACCCCAGCGGGACCGUGGACGAAUGCUCUCCUCUGGAUGGACGCUGUCACUAUCAGGAUGGCUGGUUGGGAGAGUUCUCUGCAGGCCAGGAGUACCCCCUGCUGUGGAAGGAAGGUGAAGUCUACCUGCUGCCUCUUACCGAGGAAGACAUCGGCUUCUACAAAGCCCCCGAGAAAUUCCUGGGUCAUCAAGUCUACAGCUACGGCCAGCUCCUCUCCAUCACCUUCACCUCUGAGACCGCCGAGCUGCUUCCUGACCACGUCACCUUGCUACUCCAAGGCUCUGGAGUCUCCCUGUCUGCUGACCUUUCACCCCAACCAGUGCUUGACCAUGACCCCAGCCUCUCAUCGCGGCGCUCCUUCAUUGUCAGGCUUCAUGAAAAUGAGAUGAGAUUUGAACCUCCACUGUCUGCCUUUAAGUUCCAACAACUACUGAACAACCUGACAACUCUCAGAAUCAGCAACGCUGGAGGACAGAACUACACAUCACAGCUCGCAGGGGUAACCCUGACCUCAGCCUUCAUCUCCUCUGGUCCAGCCAAUCCUCCUGCCCCAUGGGUGGAAUCUUGUUCCUGUCCCCCGGGCUUUGCAGGCCAGUUUUGUGAGCAGUGCGCCCCAGGAUUCACCUGGGAAGACCCCAGCAGAGGGUCUCUCUCAACAUGUGUGCCAUGCAACUGCCACCAGCAUGGAACCUGUCAUCCAGAGACAGGUGUGUGUGAGUGCUCUGACUUCACCACUGGGAUGACCUGUGAGCACUGCCUGGAUGGUUACUAUGGCAACGCUUUGAUUGGCACCCGUGGUGAUUGUCAGCCUUGCCCUUGCCCGGACCGUACCAGCUGUGCAGAAAUUGCGGAGACGGGACAGGUGGUCUGUACCAACUGCCCUACACGACAGACGGGGAUGCGCUGUCAGAUGUGUGAAGAUGGUUACUAUGGUGACCCCCUGGGACAAUCUGGGGCAGCUCGACCGUGUGUGAGAUGCGACUGCAAUGGCAACGUGGACUUCAACGCGUUGGGAAUAUGUGACCACAUCACUGGGCGAUGUUUGAAAUGCCUGAGACACACAGAGGGCGAGCACUGCCAACGCUGCCAGCGAGGUUUCUACGGCGAUGCCCUGAACCAGACAGCAGGCCAGAAGUGCAAGCCGUGCAGCUGCAAUCCUGGCGGAACCUCUGGCCAUGUAAAUGAAUGCCACCCUCAGACAGGAAAUUGUCAGUGCCUCGCUCAAGUGACCGGACGGGAUUGCAGUUAUUGUGAAGUAGGCUUCUUCAACCUCCAACCAGGUGCAGGAUGUGAGAGGUGCAAGUGUAACCCGAUUGGCUCAUCGUCCAUCGCGUGUCAUCCAAUCACUGGGCAGUGUCUGUGUCGUGCAGGAGUGGAGGGGAGACUGUGUGAUUCUUGCCGCGUGGGCUUCUUUGGAUUCUCGUCACGAGGUUGCAGAGCCUGUAACUGUGACCCAAUGGGCUCCAUUUCCAUGCAAUGUCACAGUAACGGUACCUGCCACUGUCGCCAGGGCUUCGUGGGUUAUAAGUGUGACAAAUGUGAGUUGAACUAUUUCCACAACAGAGCCACACAUCAGUGCGAGGAAUGCCCAGUCUGCUAUGGUCUUGUCAAGAAACAGGCAGAAAAGCUGAGGACUGGCCUGCAGGAUCUGGAGAAGCUGCUGGCUCCCUUUGAUUGCCGUGGUAGAUUUGGGGAGCAGCGCCACCUGCUGAAGUAUCACAUGGCCAGGCUUUAUGAGCAUGAGCACCAGAGGGAGGAUACCCUACCGAAUGCUCUGGAGGAUUUUCUGGCCUUCCAAGAGGCACGGGAGGCCUUCAUAAAACAAUUUUCUUCGCUGGAAGCUUCCACAGGCACACUCUUAGCCCAGCUGCAUGGCAUUACAUCUACUUUGAACUGCAGCAUCAGCAUGACGGGGGAAGAGGGGAAGGAUAGGAGGAAGGAUGAAGGGAGCAGGGGUGUGUGUCAAACCUUCACAGAGACUAUGUUCAUGGUCAGAGCGUCUCAGAAACAGUUAAAGCAGGCAACACUGGACCUGGACAACAUGAUCAUUCCUUUUGAGGUGGUGUCAGGACCCAACAAAUGGAACAUGAUGGUCAAUGACUCACAGGCCUUAAUGAAAAGUCACAGAGAAAUGGCAGACCACAUUGAGGCCAUAGCCAGCAGGGCGGUAAGCGCCUCGGAUCAGACCUUGGGUUUCCUGAUGGAUCUACUGCAGGACAACUCCACAGAGGAGUACAUCAUGAACCUAACGGAGCAAAUAACACAAAUGCAGCAGCAGAAGGAGAACCUGACAGCACAGGUGAAUGAAACUGUAGCCAAACAGCUGGCCCUGAAGGGGGAAGCUGCUGGUUUAAAGCUUGUCCUGGGUAAUAUCACAUCAUCCUUACAUCAGCUGGCUCUGACAGAUGCCAGCCCAUCACCAGAGCCUGACCAAACACAUCCAACCAACCAUACAACAAAGUGGGGCGAGGACCUGCUAAAACAGACAGAAGAGCUGGACCGGCAAAUUCAGACCAAAGACAAUCUCAUCAGUAAAAUCAGAGAGGAAAUGGAGCCUCUAAAACUGACUGCCAAUAAGAAACUGGAGAUGAUGGAUGACAUCAGUGAGCUGCAUGCUCACGCUCAGGGGGCAAAGGUCAUGGCUCUGUCGUCCGUGGUGACAGGGAAAGAGGUGGAAUCUGAGGCCAUCGCCCUGCACAGGGAACUAGAAUACAUGGUGAGGGAGUGGCCCCGUCAGCAGGCCCGGACCAAGGCUGCAAUGAAGAAGGAAAGACCCUUGGAGGAAAAGGUUCUCGCUGAUGUCAGGAAAAAGGUCUCACAGAUUGAGAAGAUGCUAAAACCAGCUCUGGAAAACUCCAGCCUCUCCAGCAACACCACGAAGGAGGCAGAACAAACAGCACAUGCUGUGGCAAAGGAAUCCAAAGCCAUUCUGACCCAAGCCAAGCAUACCAGGACUGCAUCUGCUCACCUUAGCUCCCAUAUAGACUCUGCUUUACAACAGCUGGCUGAGCAGGAGAUGCAAACUGACACAGCCAGCUCCCAGAUCACUUCCGAGCCUGCGGUGUCCCUGACCAGUGUUAAGGAAGACAUGGAAGCAGCCAAUCUUCAGUUAAAGGCCUAUUCUGUUACACUAACUGAGCUAAUCAGCAAGAUUGAUGAGAACAUGCCGCUGGAGCGCUUUGACCGGAUCUUAGACGAGACAGCGCGCCGCCUUAGCAUGCUCCGCGGGAGCGUUGAGAGCCCAACGCUGGGCACGAAGAUCCAGAAGCUGCAUUCGGCCGCUAAGGAACAGCACAGCCGGAUGUCCCUCAUUGAACAGGACUUACAGGAGAUCAUAGAGGAGAGAGACAGUCUCAGGGACAUUGCUUUAAACCUGCCUCAGUCCUGCCCCCAGGCCACAGGAGCAGGUAAGGUCUAGAUACUCUUCAUGACAGGGAUUUGAUAAAACAGCUGAACAUCAGGAAUGUCUGGGAGGAUUUUGUUAAUUAAAGGGGCUGUGGUCAUUUUUUUUUCCUGCUCAGUUAUAUCCUUACAUAUUCUUGCCUACUCCCACCUUUUGCCCCAAGGUACACUUUAUUUUACCAUCUCGAUACACUGUCUCACACACAUUCCAACCAAAAGCCACAUAGCUCUCCACUGUCUCCCAUGAUUUAUACCUAACCUUCCUUUUAGUUUUUUUUUUUUUUUUUCAUUUUUUUUCUCCCACUCUCUUUUUUUUACCAACAAGAUCAGAACGUAAUACCUUCACAUAGAAACCAUUUCACAACAAAGUAUACACAACAAAGUAUACUUGAAAGGGCCAUUUUCAUACAGGGAACAGUGCGAUGCGCAAUGGAGCUGCUCACAGCUGAUAAAAAGCUUACAAUUGUAGGUGAUGGUUCAAGGAAUUCUCACAAAACAAAACAAAAAUGUAAGUAUCCUUCGAAGACAAUUUUGCUGCCUGUGAAUUUUUCAAAACUGAAUUUGGCAGUACAACAAUUACAUUUGUCUCUUGUGUGCUAAAAUAGUGCACUGUCACCCACUGAAAGAUUUCGGAAUAGUAAAGGAAGGAAUAGUUUGACAUUUGGGAAAACACACGUAUUUGCUUUUUUUCCACAAGAAUCAAAUCAAUCAACUUUUAUCGGUCACAUGAAAAUCGUACAAAGUACAAUUCCAGUGAAAUGUAAUCCCAUCAGCUCCUUCAACUUGUGCAUGAUUCAUCAUGAAGCAGAAAGUGAGAGGGGGGUGUCCUCGUUUAGGAUCCUAGUGGCCUGAGUCUCUCGGUGCUGGCCUGGUGUGUCCCGUACGUUCUUCCUGACCUCAACAGGGAGAAAAGGCUGUUUCCUGGGUGGGGGGGAAGAUCAAUACUGUCAUGUCUGUACGCUAAACAUGUUUAUUGUUUCAUUUGUUAAAAAACACAAGUUGGGUUACUGAUUCGCUGGCCUCUCACCGUAACAACAGCACUUUUGGUUAGUGUUAUUUCUCGGUAAAGAGGAAGAAUUCUACUAUAAUACUAGACAAUUUAAUUUUCUAACUCUGUUAUUAUACAGUUUACACAGGCCUGAAAUACACACAUGCAAACAGUAGCUAGGCGUUAAUGGAGAGAUGUCAGAGCCAGGGUGCUGCCCAUGGACAGACGGCCUGAGCAGUUGGCGGUUUGGUGCCUUGCUCAGUGGCACCUCAGCAGUGCACAUGGGGUGAACUGGGACCUCUCCAGCAACCAGUACACACUCCAGCAACCAGUACACACUCCAGACGUGGUCCAUACAGGGACUUGAAUGAGCGACCCUUUUUCAGUAUUUCAAGUAUUACCUUUAAACAAACAAGAUGUAACAUGUUAAUUAGUGCGCUUUGCCUGUUUCCAGUCUUUAUGCUACGCUAAGCUAAUCUCCAGCUGAAUAGCUUCAUGGUUAACAACAGAUAUGACAGUCUUAUUGAUCUUCUCAUAACUCUUGACAAGAAAGCGAAAUAAAUGCAUUUUCCAAAAUCUCAAAUUAUUCCUGUGUAGUUCAAAAAUUGCGAAAGUCAUUAUUGUCUUUUUUAUGAGCUGAUGUGCCCGAUAUUGGUUCACACACUGAUUGUAGAGGUUAACUCGAAUAAACUAUUUUAUAACAUUUGUA